AACCAUAUGAUGGCCUUUAUUGAGAGAGAGGCUGAUGAAAAGGCUGAAGAAAUUGAUACUAAGGCUGAUGAAGAAUUCACUCUUGAAAAGGGUAGAUUAGUUCAAGAACAAAGAUUAAAAAUAAUAGAAUUUUAUGAUCGAAAGGAGAAACAGGUGGAAAUGCAAAAGAAAAUUCAGAGUUCUAAUAUGAUGAAUCAAGCUCGUUUGAGAGUUCUUAAAGCAAGAGAAGAACAUGUCAUGACUGUUUUAGAUGAAGCUCGCAAACGUUUACAUGAAAUUGUCAAAGAUCAGUCAAAAUAUCAAGAGAUAUUACGAAGAUUAAUUAUACAGGCAUUGCUCCAGUUGAUGGAAUCAGAUGUGAUGAUUCGAUGCCGUCAUCAAGACACAAGACUCGUGCAAGGAUGUUUAGAUUCAGCAUUGAAAGAAUACCAAAAUGCCACAAAACAGAAGUGCAAAGUCGUCAUUGAUAAAGAAAACUUUUUACCAUCAGACAUAUGUGGAGGAAUUGAUGCUUUCAGUGAAGGUGGUAAGAUUAAAGUUAGUAAUACUCUUGAAAGUCGAUUGGAGAUGAUUAGUCAACAGCUGUUACCAGAGAUUAGAGUUGCUCUGUUUGGUCGUAAUCCUAAUCGUAAAUUUUCAGAUUAAUUUAUUUAGUAAAAUAAUUAAAAUUCUAUUCCACUUACCAUUGAAUUUAACUGGAAGUAAAAUUAAAAUUAUAUUGUACUCCUGUUAAAUUAUUAAAGAUAUUAUUGUAUGAAUUCAAGAUUCAAUAUAUGUAUUUAUAUAGGAAAUGUUAAAUUUCAUUGUUAAUUAGCUUAUUUCUAUAUUGUUGUGUAAAUAUGGUAAAUAUUUGACAUUACAUAGGUAUAUAUGAAAAGUGUGGAAGCCUAAUAAACAGAAAUUCAAUAAAAUAAUGAUGGAUAAUACAAAAUUAUAUGUAGGCAUAUAAUAAUUGAUAGAAUGCUCUCUCUUGUGUAAUCAACUGUUAUGAAUUUCAUUAGCUAAAUCAUUAAAAUGUUUCAUUAAUUUUUAAAUUGUGUGUUUUUUUAAUCUGUAGAAAUGAUUAUAAAACUUAUAAAAUAAUAUAAAUUUAUUGUGGAUUUGUUAUUGAAAAACUAAAUACCUCAUGGGUUCAAAAGAGAAUUUUAUGUAAAAGAAAUUGAGAAAUUUUAAUUAGUACAUAAAAUAUUUUUAAGCAUUUUAAACUGUAUACGAUAGACUGACUUAGAUUAACACAUUUUAUUAUGCAUGAUUUGAUAAAUAUUUUCACACAUUAGUAUAUAUUAGUAAUAUUUUCACACAUCAAGGUUUUUAAUUUCAAGCAACUUUUUUAUAUUCAAUUUUACUAUGAUAUAUUAUUUUGUUUCAAGUUCUCUGUUAUUAUGGGAUUAUUUUCAUAUACUGUUCCUUUUAAAUGUCCCAAAAAGAAAGCCAAUUCUUUUAUCUCAUUUCUAAGAGUAUAUGGCUUUUAUAAUCUCUAAAAACUUUUUAGAAUAUUUAGUUUCUUUUCAUAUGUGGAUUGUUGUCAUAUUGCAACCAAUAAAGUCUUUUAUUACAUUCUAAAAGUGAAAUGAAUUGUACAGUGAUACUUGGAUAGACAUCUGUGAUAUCUGUAAAAAGUGGUUUAAUCACGUGUCUUUUUUCCAUUAUUUUAGAUAUUGUUUAUUAUAUUCUAAUUGUUUUUUGAUGUAGGCUACUUUAAGAAAAAACAAUAGUGAUUUUCAUUAUGUUAUGUACUAAAGUUUUGAAUAUUGAUGUAAUAACUUGGUGAAAUAAAAUUUAAUAAUGAUUGUUCAAUGCUGGAAGAAGUCUAUUAAAGAAUUAAGCGUAACAAACUACAAACGAAGUCUGUACAGUAUAUAAUGCUACCAACCAAGCAUGUUUCACUACUACUAUUGUGGUUCUUUAUCAAAUAUAUCUUGAGUUGUAUUAUUUUUACUUCAUCCUGCAUUUUGCUAAUUAUCUCUGCCUAUAUAUUAUAAUUUGUCAAGAAUAAUUUUGAAGUUUGUUUAGAUUUCUACAAAUAAUCAUAUUGAUUAAAGAGAAAAUAAAAUACCAUUAAAUGUUUAUUUUUAUGUUGCUUGAUAUUUGAUCUCUCAACAUUUUGUUCUCCAUAAUAUAAUUUUCAAUUUUGUUGUAAAUAAAAGUAAUAAGUGAUUUAUCUGAA